UGAAAAGAAGGUAUUAGACAGUGAACUGAGAUGAAUUGACUGAAGCCAGGCGUUUGCUUCUGAUGCUUUCUUUCCAGAGGAACUCUAGCUUGCCUUUGCAGGGGGGAACUAUAGAAGUCAGUUCAGACCUGCGCUUAGGGUUCAUUUCUGAAUACAUGUGGCCUUGAAGUCCUCAUCUGCAGCCUGAGGACCCAGUCGUCCACGGAGUGAACAGCUAGUGGCUCUGCUAAGGAUUCAGGUUUGUCAUCUAUUCCAGAGACGGUCAGAACCAUGUCCUACGUUUUUGUAAAUGAUUCUUCCCAGACAAACGUGCCGCUGCUGCAGGCUUGCAUUGAUGGAGAUUUUAACUAUUCCAAACGCCUGUUGGAGAGUGGUUUUGACCCAAAUAUUCGUGACAGCCGGGGCCGAACCGGCCUCCAUCUCGCUGCAGCCAGAGGAAAUGUAGACAUCUGUCAACUCUUGCACAAAUUUGGUGCUGACCUACUAGCCACUGAUUAUCAAGGUAAUACAGCCCUUCACCUGUGUGGGCAUGUGGAUACCAUCCAGUUCCUAGUUUCUAAUGGACUUAAAAUUGAUAUUUGCAAUCACCAAGGUGCAACACCACUUGUUCUUGCAAAACGAAGGGGUGUAAAUAAAGAUGUGAUCAGACUGCUGGAAUCUUUGGAGGAGCAAGAGGUGAAAGGAUUUAACAGAGGAGCCCACUCAAAGCUGGAAACAAUGCAGACUGCUGAAAGCGAAAGUGCAAUGGAAAGCCAUUCUCUCCUUAAUCCAAACCUACAGCAAGGGGAAGGAGUUCUUUCCAGUUUCCGCACGACGUGGCAAGAGUUUGUGGAAGACCUGGGCUUCUGGAGAGUGCUGCUCCUGAUCAUUGUCAUUGCUCUUCUGUCUCUUGGGAUAGCGUACUAUGUUAGUGGGGUGCUUCCUUUUGUAGAAAAUCAGCCUGAGCUGGUGCACUGAAGCAAGUGGAAAGAAGUGUGCUGUGCUUUUCCAUGUUGUAAUCUUAUUUUGAGCUUCUUGGAAUUUUUCCUUCACUGCAGACAGUGGCAGCUGUACAUACUGUUUGCUUUUUUUACCUACUGUUAACCCCUCUGAAAGAGAGAUUAAUUCAUUUCAAGUAAAACACUAAAUAGUAAAGCAUUCCAAAGCUACCUCUGUCAUCUCGACUUGGAAGCAUGAUGUGGAGAUAAUCCUCUCUGCUGAUAAAAUGUUGUGAUUAGAAAAGGUCUUUUAUAAUGAAUAUAGCAUUCUUGAGUAUGAAUUGUGUAACCUGGUACACAACCAAAUUUGAUAUUCAAUAAGAGGAGAGGUAAAUCUGUUGUUGCAUAACAUUGUAUGUUUCAGUUGAAAGAAAAAAAAAGUUUUUAAAAAGUUGUCCACAAAUCUGAAUAACAUAAUAAUACAUUCUAAUAUAUAGCCAGUACUGAGCUCUGUGUUCGUAGUUCUUUUAGUGCCUCCCCAGUUUCUCAUCUGCUAGUUUAUAAAAAGACUAGAAACAAUUCCAAUCUUACUAUGUCUUCACUGUAUAGAUCACUCCUUUAUUUAUUAGGUUAAUAUGGUGUUUCUUCCCCAGAUGAAUUUUAUGUUAAUAUCUGUUGAAGUGAAUUUUGUAGAACAAAGCCUCUGUAGUGCUUUAGAAGUAAAAUUGUCCGGUCUCUGGGUUGAAGAAUUUGCCUUUGUGCUGAAAUGUUACUAAGCAAACCUUUCUUUGUAAGGAUGGAUUGAAAGUGAUGUAGGUGUUCUGCUUUGUACAUACCACCAGUUCUGUAAGGCCAUCGUGUCUGUGAAACAUGUCAUGAAGGAUAACUUCUUUUCCUACUCAAGGACCUCAUGGUUCCAUACAAUUGUGUCAUUUUCAUGGCUGUAGAAAGGACUUGAUUGACUAGAAUUCCUUCCUAGAACUUCUUUCUUUUUCAGUUCUUUUCAGACUGCACUUGCAGGCUUAUGAAGUAUUUUCUUAGCAUGUGGAAUAAAAAUAAUUUAAAAAUUAAUAUUUAGGAAUAUGGUAUGAAAUGAAAUCCUAUCCCAUUCUGUACAUAAGCUGUGAAAUCCUUUGUUUGUAAAUAACCCAAAGAUAUGAAUCAAUUACAUGCUCGUUUCUGAAGGCCAGGAUGAUGCCACACUGUAGUUGAAGGUUUUCAAAGAAAGCAGAUUUUCUCCUUCCAAGCUGAUUAAAUAUGCAACUCACUUAGCUGCAUUCAAAACUUGCAAAAAAUUGAAUUCUCUAAACCUAAUGGUUUUUUUUUUUUACUUUACCACUCCAGAAUUGUUGCUAAAUGACAUCAAACAUUUAUAAGAUUAUAAAUUGCAGUAAGUAUUGCUAGAAGUACUUACAUCCCUCUGUUCUGCUACCGUGUACGGUCUCCCUUCUUGUUCAUGGGUUUGAGCAAAGAGGGUUAUUGUCUUUGUUUUGCUGUGUGACGUGGGCUUCACUAAGAUGGGGCCCGUUCUAAAUUGCAUCUUGAUCUCAUUUCUUAAGCUGAGGUUAAUGAAACAGUGCUUUCCUAGCAGUUGCAAAAUCACAAAAAGGAAAACCUCUUAAAACAAAAGGAAAGCACCAACAACAAAACAGCAUUCUCUUUGAAUAUUUCAAUUACAGUACGUCUGUUAAUGAACAGAGAAAUGUAAAAUCAUAUCUAAAUCGCAGUUACUUUUCUGGAUUACUACAUUUCUGUUAAUGGUACAGUUUAUCUUAAAUAAUACUAUCGUUCAAUAUAUAUUUCCUGCAUAAUUUGUAAUUGUAUUCUCAGUAUGGAUGAAUGCCACAAAUAAAUAUACGUUGUAAGUA